GCCUGAGGUACAUAAUGACAAAGACUGAAGUGACCUCCCAAGAGGUUGUCCUGAGUCCACAAGAUACCGCUGUUACAGUGACUCAGGUGCAAGGAUUGAAAGGACAUUUACUGUUGUGGACUCCAAACACUCUGUACUUCUCCACAGAUAAUGGACAAGUCUUGACAAAACUUAAUUUCCAGGCCAGCGGCACCACUAUUCAGAUGCUUGCCACAAAUGAUUUUGGUGAAAUUUGCAAUCCUGCUGCGUAACAAGCUGGUCAUCUAUGGACACAUCAGUCUGAACCCUGACACUAUUCAGCUGCAAGAUCAGCCAGAUAUCCAAGAUGGGUCAGUAAUAAUGUUCACCCCGUCAAGAGAUCUCCUGAUCAUCAAAGCCAUUUCUUCACCUGUGGAUAACGUUGUGGAUUUCUUGCACUGCCCUAUCAUAAUUGACCAGAGUAUUGGAAAGGGAAAUGCUUCUGACGUCUGUCUGAUAGAUGAUUUAGAAAGUGAUUUUUAUGGAAGUACUCUUUAUGUCGACAAGACCAGAUCCUUUUUGUUGACCAUGAACUUUGUCUCCAGAUUGUCAACUGACUUGAUUCCUUUGGUGGCUUUAACAAAUCCACAAGUGUUAAAAGCAAACACAGCAAUGGAGAAGGACUUCAAGAGCGAGGAUGGGAUGCAUUACUCUUUCAAAAUUAAUGUGUCCUUGGAGCAAGAUGAAAAAAAGAAGGACCCAAGCCUUUAUAACAGCACUAUUGUUGGAAGUUUUGUGACCCUCACCUCGGACUUCAAAGAGAAGGACAUCCGCUGCAGAAAUUCCUAUCCUCAGUAUGUCCAAUUCAGCAUUGGAUGUCCACCCAGUAAAUACAUCCGGAUUUCAAGCAACUUCACUGUGUGCGAGAAGGACCUCUUCAGUCCCUACCAACUGGCCAACAAUUUCACUUACACAAUUUCAAAAAACGUCUAUGAUCCUGAGUUUCUUUCUCGUAGUGGAUCAGCUACAGAAGACCUAUCUGUGUAUUACAACUACACAAAAUAUGGCUGCCCCAUUCUGGUGAAUUCAAAGAUACCCUGGAUUCCACUUCUGGAACUGUGGGAGGACGACAAGUUUGUCGAAUACGUGCCCGCAGAUUUUGUGCUGUUUGAGACCCAUGGCAUGUUCAAUUUUGGCUACUUGAAAACUGUCGGGACAUCUCAGUGUGUGACGCAGCCUCAGAACUGGAUGGAAAUGCUGAACAGACAAGUGUUUCCCAACCCAAACACCGCCUGGACGAGAAAGAAUUACAGGAACUGCAGAAACACAAACGGCCCUCCCAUCACUCAUCCAGAUGUGCAUUAUGAAGUUCUGAAGAAAGACUACUGGAAUAAAGUGAAGUUUCCCAAAUACAACGGAAUCUUGAUCUUUAAGGCUAUUGUGGUGGAUCCAGAUUACAGUUUCUGCAGUCUCAACACAACCUUCAGCGUCUAUGUGAUUCGCACGGCCUACCGAGAAAACAGGAUCCAAUCGUCGAAAAUCCGAUACUUAUUGGGGCCGUCUUUUGUGGGCUUCUAUUUAUUUCUGUUUGUUGUGUGGAGGAUUAUGAAAAUGAUUCAAAACAAAUGCCUUUAAGUCUACAAUUUAUGUUCCCGGGAGAAGAUCGAGAGUGUCUACCGAGCCAUGUAGUUGAAGAAGAAACCUUGACAACCUUUAAGAAACUUCGAGAUGAGAUGUUGGGACAGCUUAGCUAUUAGCUAAACAAUCGAGCUUGAUGGAGUGAAUGGUCUCUUCUCAUUUGUCAAGUUUUUUAUGUUCUUCUGUAAUGGAAGGUGCCACAAAAUAAAAGUUGAGAGAUUGUGGGCAUUUUCAGUUACCAAGUGACCAGGAAAAUAUAGUGUAAUGAAAGACUGAUGACAUCUUGACACAUUUUUAUCUUCCAGUCCGAGGACUUUCUACUUCUUAUCUUUGAAAUUAUUGAAUUUUUGUCAUGCUAUUAUUGCCUUAUCGUCCUUUGUCACUGUGUUGCAUUUUGGGUGUGUUGGCCUUUUUGUGUUCCUGUCUUUGGGUGUACUCACACUAGGCAUGUUUCUUCUGUACCGUGCCCGACUGUCUUACCUCCCUAGACCCCAGCUGGCCUGCACUCACACUUUGCUUUAACGUUCUGGGCCUGGGCGUACUUUCAUCAUGACUUUGCGACUUCGUGUAAAGCCUAAACAACAUCCGAACACGGAGUGACACCAUGCAUGUCAAAAUGAUUUUAUUUAUUUUGUGGUUGUUUUGGAGUCGUGUAGAGUGGGAUAACACUCUACCCUCUGACAGAUUUAUUUAAUGUGCAGUGCAGCAUUUUGCUGUUAAUCGUGCUGUAUGUACGAGAAAAUUUACAAAUGGUGUUGAGGAAGGAAUUUGCAGCUUUUCCUGCCAACUACAAUCUGACUUGUCACAUCAUUGACGUCAUGUCUGUUUUCCACUCUCGGGCACGUUCAGCGAUCACACUGUUCCUAAAUGCUACUGAACUGUGAUCGGGCCCACCUCCUCCAAGUUGGACAGGGCACAGUAUGGUUGGCCGGGCAUGGAGCAAUCACACUAAUCAAAUUAACUAGACUUUGUGAGGUUACAUCCAGACAAACGUGCUCUGGCACAGAACAAAUUGCCAGUGUGAGUACACCCUAAAGCUGUUAGUUGGCUUGUAAAAGGGUUUGUGAAAACAACGAAAGGCGUGAGAUUAAAUAAACACAAAUUCAGUAA